CUUGGGUUCUUGAUUUAAAAUGCAAACUAAGAUGGUGCAGGACACAAUGGACUCCUAUCAAGGAUAUACUGAGAUUCGUGUAGAGAAGCGAGAGAAAAUUUUAUUGAUAACCUUUGACAAUCCAAAAAAGCGCAACAGCAUCAACAGAAAUGGAUACAAAGAACUUGGCAGAGUGCUGCGGGAAGUGGCCGACGACAAUGAAGUGACCAUAGUGGUUUUCACUGGGAAUGGAGAUUACUUUACAUCGGGAAACGACUUAACUCAAUCAGCAAAUUCUUCCUCGGACAUUGAGCUGUACAUCAAAGAAUCAAAUAAUAUAUUUAAAGGAAUGAUAAGGGCUUUAAUUGACUGUCCUAAACCAACAUUAUCGUUGGUAAAUGGACCAUGCAUUGGCGUUGGAGCAACGCUAACAGCAUUAUGCGACAUAGCGUGGUGUUCAUCAACGGCUUAUUUCCUAACGCCGUUUACUAAAUUGGGGAUUGUACCGGAAGGAUGUUCUUCGUAUUUGUUCGCAUUAAUACUUGGACGGUCAAAAGCGAGCGAGAUGCUGUUGAUGUCAGAAAAACUGACUGCUGAGGAAGCUUACCAUUAUAAUUUCGUAUCAAAAGUUUUCGAUUUGACUGAAUUGGAUACGGUUGUUUGGCCAAAGAUUAUUGAAUUCUCAGAAUUGCCUCCGGAUUCAUUAAGAGUUUCUAAAUCGCUUAUGCGGUUAAAUGAACGAGAUGUCUUGUAUCGUACAUUGGAUGCAGAAAAUGAAGAACUUUACAAACGAUUUUUCUCUGAAGAGUUUGCCAACGCUGUGAUAGCUUUUGCAACGCGGAAAAAGAGAUCCAAAUUGUGAAAUGUGG